AUGAUAAAGUCGCCGCCUCCUUUGCCCCGUGCAUGGCGGACGCCUAUGGCGGCGCCGGUGGCGCAGCUGGAGCUGCGCCUGGCGCAGUGCCGGGAGCGCCUCACCGCGCUGCGCGGCCGCCGGGCCGGGCACGCGGACGCCGCCGAGCGCCUCAAAGGCGCCGAGGCCCAGGAGGUCAGCGCAUGGACGGCCGAACUGCAUGCGAGGGAGGAACAGGCGGCUUCGGACGCUGCCAAGGCCCGGGAGGCCGAGGUGCUGCGUGGAGAGGUGGCCUCGGCUCGGCAGCGGCUGCAGGAGGUGGAGGCGGCGGCCUCCAGCCACCUCUACGGCGAGUGGAGGAGGCUUUUCUUCGCGCACAUGCGCGCCGGUGGGGACCUGGAGGACUACUCCAUGCAUGCAUUCCUGCGAGAGGUCUGCGAUGUAAUCCCGCUGGCGGACCUGGAGUCGGAGGAGCGUGUGGCCGCCGAAACUGAGGAGGACAUUGCCACUUUGGAGGUGCGGCUGCGCAACGUGGAGGAGACGGAGCAGCAGAUCCACAGCGAGAAUUUGCGCCUGGCCGGGGAGUGCGGGGCCUUGCGCGCGCAGCUAAAGGACCAAGAGUCCACCAACCAGGGAUGGCAAAAUGGGCGCCUGCGAGACACCUGCUACCAGCUCACCCUCCGUGAGGAGCAGGAGCAGCACCGGGACGGCGCCUCGCAGUUGGAGCGGCAGCUGCCGAAGCGCCAGGAGGAGGUCAAUGCGGCCGCGACCAAAGUUCAGCUGUGGCGGCAAGAGGCCCAGGAGCUGCGACGCGAGGUGCCGCAGCUGGAGGAGCGUGCGCGGAAGUUGCAGGAGCGCGCCCAGCAGACAGCCGGGGGGCAUGCUGAGCUGCAGCAGCGUGUGGAGGUGCAAGAGUUUGAGCUGGGUCGCCACAGGCUUGCUCAGCUUUGGAGCAGCGAGGCCAGCCAGCAGGGGCGCAUGGGUCAAGAGCACCAGCACCAGGCCCUGGCGCUGCUUCGGCAGGCCGCCAAGGUGCGGGCGGACGAGGCCAACGCGGAGCAGGAGCUGCACAGGCUGUGGGCGCGGCUGGGGGAAGCGCACCGUGAGGCGAGCGCGCAGAAGGAGGCGCUCAGCCGCACGCGGGAGCUCCGCGAAGCAGUGGAGAAGGAUGUCCUUGGAUUGAGAGAGACCAACGCCUUUCUCGAUGAGGAGCGCGCCCGCACCGCAUGCAGCGUCAGCGGCAGCGAGCGCGGCGAGCGGCGGCGAAUGUCGCCGGGCUUGCAGAGCGCGCAGAGCCUAGGUUCUCCUCACACCUUGGGCUUUCUGCUGCCAGAGACCUUUGCAGGCCAGGUGCCAACGCAGGCCUCCCUGCGCGGCUCAAGGGGCGCCUUGUGAGUCCAAAGAGCU